CAACGGUCACUAAACCACUAGCCGUUGAGUUCGACGCGUCCCCAGACAAAUAUUUUACCCGUAAGAAUGCUCUCUUCAGUACUACUUUCUCUCAAUCGUACUGCUCAGUUCUAUCUUCUGGGGUUUGUGGGUUUCUGAGACUAUCAACCAAAAUGGUGAUUUCUCAUGAGAACAAUGCUGAUGCCAUCAAACCCCCAAGCUUGCAAGGAGGUGUGGUCGUGGAGAAUAGGAGGGCAUUGAGCGUCAUCAAUCAGAACCAUUGCGUAGUUAACAAGAAUGAAUUCACAAUACAACGGGAGAUUGUUGAAAAGAAGAUCGGCGAUCCAGUGCAUCGACCAAUUACGAGGACAUUUGCUGCACAAAUUGCUCCCACAAAGCAGCCUCUUGUUGAGGAAAACAAGAAGUUGAAUGGAUCAAGUUUAAACUCAAAUGGAUUUGGAGAAUGUAUUUUUGUGGAUGAAGUACAUAAGUCAGUGAAGGACCAUCCAGUGGCCAUGUCUGUAGAACAAUCUGAAGAAGUAAUGCAGACAGAAACGGAUCAGAUGAAGGAAGUUGAGAUGGAGGAUAUAAUUGAAGAUCCUAUCAUCGACAUUGAUAGUAGUGAUGUGAACAACCAUCUUGCAGUUGUGGAGUACAUUCAAGAACUUUAUUCUUACUACAGAAAAAUGGAGAGUACUAGCUGCGUCUCACCAAAUUAUAUGCUACAACAAUUUGACAUUAAUGAAAGGAUGAGAGCUAUACUAAUUGACUGGCUCAUUGAGGUGCAAGACAAGUUUGAUCUCAUGCAUGAGACUUUGUUCCUUACAGUGAACCUGAUAGAUAGGUUUUUGGAAAAGCAAUCAGUGGUAAGGAAUAGGCUUCAGUUAGUGGGUUUGGUGGCCAUGCUUUUGGCAUGCAAGUAUGAGGAAGUUUCAGUUCCUGUAGUGGAGGAUCUUAUACUUAUAUCAGACAAAGCAUAUACAAGGAAAGAAGUUCUAGAAAUGGAGAAGUUGAUGCUUAACACUUUGCAAUUUAACAUGACAGUGCCCACACCGUAUGUGUUCAUGAGAAGGUUUCUAAAGGCUGCUCAAGCAGAUAGAAAAAUGGAGUUGCUUGCUUUCUUCUUGAUAGAGCUAUCUUUAGUGGAGUAUGGCAUGUUGAACUUCCCGCCAUCUUUGCUAGCUGCAGCUGCAGUUUUUACAGCUCAAUGCUGCAUAUGUGGUUUCAAGCAAUGGAGCAAGACAUGCGAAUGGCACACGAACUACUCAGAAGAUCAACUACUGGAAUGCUCUAAAUUGAUGGUUGAUUUGCACCAAAAGGCUGAAAAGGGAAAACUUACUGCUGUACAUAGGAAGUAUUGCACGUCUAAAUUCAACUAUUCUUCAAAAUGUGAACCAGCGAGCUUCCUUGUGGUGAACCAAUUGUAGCAAGGCCAUGUAUAGAAGAACUAACAAACCACAUACAUGACUUUUAUAAUUGGUAUAAGCAAAUGGGGUUCUCUCAAUUACUUCAAAAUUGACAGUGUCAAUCUUAGAGACGAAUAGACAGUGAACUUGAAACCCUUUUUACGCAUUCAAGAGAGAAAUUAUUUCGUCACUUGAGUGUAAGACCUUACAUGCUCUUUCCAUUUCUUUUUGACUCAUCAAUUUCAAAGAGGAAUCAAGAAGAUUCAAAUGAGAUUGGGUUAAAAAUGCAUGCAUAACAGCAACUUGGGUUGCGUUGGUGGUCCUUUGUAUUUUCAUUUUUCUAAUUGAGCACAACUUCUAAUUUGAAGAUUGUAUUUUCUCUUGUUCCCAUUGAAUAAAAUAAUGGAAAUGAUAGAACAAUCUCAUUUGUUCAA